CUCAUGAUACAAAAUAAAGGUUAUUAUGACAUCCCAAGGGUAAGUAUGUCAGGCAAAGUGUGAGUCACUACCCAUCUAGCAAACCCCCUGCCCCCUUCUUCAUCCAAUAAUGUUCCUCCCACUGGAAACUGGCUCACAGAGAAACAUGGUGAAAACAACUUUGAUGAGAUGAGAUAGAAGAGAAAAUGACAUGUCCAUCUGGAAAUAAUGCCAAGGUCGUCUACAAUUCAGGCUGUGAUUGUUGCAGUAUUAUAGGAGCUGUUAUUAUACUCACCAGGCUCUUACGGUCUAGUGCAUGAUAUCGAGGUACCUUAUGAAACGCGGGAAUUAUUUCUAAGAUGGCGGAUGACAACGAAGGAAAGGAUGAGCUUCCGAGGUGCUCGACUCUGUUCCUUUCGAAUGAUGGAUCACAAAUGAAAUUUUACAUGACACCAUGUGAAAUGAAAACCCGUUUGCGACCACUUAUACACUAUGGAGGUGGCCAACUUUCUAGUAAAGUUUCAGCCGACUCUAUCAAGCUUGCUGCUCCUGGGACUGUCGGUAACUUGUCUGAUUAUGUCUCUACUGAGUAUAUCUUCGACAGCAUAAAGUACAACAAACUUCAAGAUAUGACCAAUUAUCGCAUUAACUCCAAGAUUGCAAAGAAACUUAAGGUUGAAAAUUCAGAAAGCAAGAUACAAGUAAGCAGGAAGCAGAAUGGACGAAUUGCAUAUACUCCUAAAGAGGAUUUGGCUCUGAUGGACUUUGUGAAUGAACAUUUUACCUGCUAUCCUAUUGGAGGCAAUGCUUUGUACAAAAAGGCUGAAAAUGAAAAGGUUACAACUCACACAUGGCAGUCAAUGAGAGAUCAUUUUCUCAAAGUAUUACAUCCUAAGACAAAAGGUAAUAAGCAAUACAGUGAACUGUCCUUGUGGACAAGAGGUGGAAAAAGUUCUUCUGGUAACAAAGGAAAUAAAAACAAGAAUCAUGACAGAUGGAAAGAAAAUAGGAAAAAACCUUACAUAACAAAGAAAAGGGAUGCAAGGAUAACUAGGGCUCAGGCUGCGAAGACAAAAGAAGAAAAUAAAAAAGUUGAAGGAACAGGCAAGGAAGAUGAAGAAACUGAAAAAGGAGAUGGAAAGACAGAUGAAAGUGGGGAAGGGACAGAUGAAACAGAAGAUGAAACAGUUGAAAAAAAGGAUAAAACAGAUGAUGCACCAAAUGAGGAUGCUUAUGAUACGGAUGAUGAAGCUAAAAAUGCAGUGACUGCAGAAAACAUGCCAGAUGUUAAUAGUACAGCUGAGGUAAGCAGUGCUGGUGAAGAUGUGGAUUAUGAUAAGCAGUUUGAAGACAGUCUUCUUCAAAUAGCUUAUGAAAGCAAACAAAGACCUUGUGUUUAUAAUGUUUGGGAAUCCUCUGAAGAUGGGAAUAAAGCUGAAGAAAAGGAAUUGUCUUCAAGUCAAGAUGCUGAUUCAAGUGUUGUGACAAGGAGAAACAAAAAAUUAAGUGAUGAACAGGACAAAAUGAAUGAUUUUGAUGGGGAAGUUAUUUUUAGAAAGAGCCCUUCAGUAAGAAAAGGGCCUUCAGAUGAUGACAAUGAGAAGAGGCCUUUGGCAAAGCGAAGCAAAACAGCAAUGGAGUUUUCACCUGAUCAUGAAAAUGACCCCAGAGGAAAGGAGACAAGAGAGAUGGAAGCACAUUUACAUUUCUACCAACAACUGCGAAGCAACAUUGAGAAAAUGCAGUCCAAGAAGCUAACAGUUCCUCAGAUCAUCCACACACUGCUUGUCAGCUCUGGAGACCUUGGUCAUGCUGAAAAUUAUCUGAAGGACGGUAAAGAACAAUGGACAUCCCAAGAGGAUAAGAUUUUGCUGAGUAAGGACAAGACAGGUAUUACCAGUCUUGCAAAGAAGAGAGGGUUAGAGGCUGUUAUGGACAGGAUAAACUUCAUUGAGGGCACCAACUAAAAAGUUUUCCAUGAAGAUACUUUAUUGGUCACACAGUAACAAUACAACAGUUAAUAUCUGUAGGAAAAUCUAUUAGAAAAUAAGAUUUCAAAGGGAAAAUUAACAAUUAAAACCUUAGAUGAAGUUAUCAUUGUUGAGAAGAUGCUAAGUGCUUAAUUUUUUUAAAUGCUCCAUUGAAGAAAAAGAAAAAACCAAAACCUUUAAAACAGACUAUUAAUUGUCUUUUUCCUGUGUAAAUGUGCAGGGGAGUAGGGUGAUUACAGAGCACUUUUGUUUAUAUCUUUUCUAACCAGCAAUAAUGAUAUGAGGCCUCAACAUCAUGUUGCACUUUUAUUGUUAAUAUUCUUUUUGAAAUCCUUAUUAGAAAUUUGAGAACAGCUUUUGCAUCUUUAUUCCUCAUAUUUGCAUGAGAAGUGUUUUAUGUCUAAGAGGUUUGAGUUGACUUUUCGUUAACGAAAUACUGUUAAUUACCUUUGUGUAAAUACUAUAUACAACAAAAUUAUGAAAGUUGUAUCAAAAGAGAGAGUCUUAAAUUUUGCAAAUUUUAAAAAAAUUUAAUUACAGGAUUGUCAUGUCUCGACUAGACACAACAUUUAUUCUACAUCUUCUACAUUACAAAAACUGGUUACUAACUGGAAACAGGUACAAUGGUUAUUAAUUAAAUCACAAUUAUCUUU